UAACUAUUAGGCUUUGGGGCAAAUACCCCCAACAACAUCUUUAUCUAGUAAAAAUUAGGCCUAGUGACCAUUUUAAUAUAGCCCCUUUAAUUUAUACCCAUAUUUUAAACCUCUUGCUUUUAUACCCAAUUUUAUAAACAAUCUUCCCAUCGUACCCUUCCUCCCACUCAAACACACCACGACAGAGCCCUCACUCAUCAUCUUCUUCACCAUGACCCAAACGAUCUUUGUGCUUCUCCACACUGCGGCAACUGUAGAACUCCCUCACCACUUCAGUUUUGUCACCAUCAAUUGCACUCACGAACUCACGUUGUUUUGGAGAUGCCAACCCAGGGACGUUUGGGAAGGGAUUUUGAUUAGACUGGCUUCUCCUGCAGCAGAAAGAAGGAGAGAGAUCAAAGGAAUGAGAGACGAUGAAAUAGCCAAGGCUCUUUACAAGGUUCAUACAGAAAAAAGGUGUCUUGUUGUUCUUGAUGAUAUUUGGAAUGCUUCAACAUGGGACUGCCUCAAGCUUGCUUUCCCUAAUGUUAGGUCAGACAGUAAAAUACGACUCACCGCUCGUAAUAGAGAGGUGGCCUUCCAUGCAAAUCGAAAUAUCAUUCUCCAUGAGCGCAGGUGCUUUAACACAAACGAAACUUGGGAGUUGUUUAUGAUCAAAACUUAUUUUGGAGGGGAUGACACAGAUGAAGUGGAAGACUAUUUUGAGAUUCGAAAGACUACAAGAAGAAGAAAAAGCUAGCAGGGGAGAUGCUUGAAUACUUUGGUGGUUUACCAUUAGCCAUUACAGUGCUCGGAGGACUUCUAUCUCGUAAACCAACUGUGGAUGAGUGAACACUUUGUCUACAUUUGAUUCACCAGGACUGAUUUUUCACUAUUUGAUAUGCUUCAUUACAUUUUACACUGCAUUUGGUUAUGCAAAUUUCGGGUCAGUGAUAAUAUUGAUGCUAAUUUGUUAUCAUAAAAAUAGCAAAGCACAUCAUUUAAUGAUUUGUUAUU